GUCAUGAGCUGUGGUCAUGAUGUGGUUCCUCCUUCUCCUCUGCACAGCUCGCAUUGAGCCGGUGUUCUCACAAGGUUCAGGAAACAGGCUGAUUCUAGAGGGUGGAGGGAACCCGUGUCGCGGCCAUGUUAAAAUCUACCAUGACGGUGCAUGGGGCUAUGUUGGAGAUAAGUACUGGGACAGCAACCUUGAAAAAGUGGUGUGCAAAAGCAUUCACUGUGGAAAACCCGUGUUGACAAUGACUUGUCUACGACGCCCUGGAACAACAGUCUGGCUCAAUGAGUUGAGGUGCAAUGGAAACGAGAAUCAUCUGUGGGACUGUGACCAUCCAGGCUGGAACGUCAGUUCGUACCCAAGUGAUACUUUGAAACACAUCGAAUGCUCAAAUGAGAUUAAAAUAAGCCUGGAUGGAUUCAGAUGUGCGGGGGCUGUUCAGUACUCCAUUGUCGGGCAGAAUCAUUCAGGUUACUUUUGUGACAACAACUGGGGACAAAUGGAGGCCGACUUCUUGUGCAAGACCUUGGGGUGCGGGACGACGGCCAUUCCUCAGCGGGACUGGGUUGUUUGGAAAGGAUCCAAAAGCUCGAAGAACAUGAUGAUUCAUUGCACAGACAUCAAAAAUCUAGAUAAUCUGUGGCAGUGUGUAACUCAGGAAUCAGAGUCAUGCUCAAAUCCUGCUUCUGUCAUAUGCACAGAUUAUGAGAGACUGCAGCUCACAGGAAAAGGAGGAAAUGUCUGUGAAGGGCAGCUGCAAAAAGAGACAAAUGGCAAGUGGACCUCUGUUAAAACCAUCAAAGAAACCCAAGUGAGUCGGGAUGAGAUGUGCCAGCAGAUGUACUGCGGUUCCAGCGAGAACCACAGUCAGGACGACAGUGACACGCAGCUGAAUUGCACAGACAAUGUUACAGUAGAUCUGAUGGACGGUACUAAGACCAACAGCUGCUACGGUGAAGUUCACGUCACAGUGAAUAAUGUCAGUCAUCGUGUGUGCGGCUUCAACUGGACCGACAAUGACGCUAAAGUGGUCUGCAGGGAGAAGAACUGCGGGAGGAUGGUUAGUACCUUUCCAAAGCCAAACACACAAGAUGGCAUCAUGGACAAUGUGAAGUGCUCCGGCAGAGAGUCCUCACUGUGGCACUGCAGGGCGACGCGUGACAAAGAGCCUUUCUCGUGUUCUUCCACCGCCUACGUAGUGUGUGCAGAUAGUAUGGAUGUGAGGCUGAUGGACGGUCCGGGAACAUGUGCUGGGAGGUUGGAGAUCCAGUACGAGGGCCAGUGGAGAAGGGUGGCGAAAGACGGAUGGACGGCCGACAACUCGGACGCUGUCUGCAGACAACAGGGAUGUGGCAAUAGCAGGAAGUCUGCCAGUGCUGACAAAUUCAGCCCGGGUUCAGGUGACUUCUUCAACAAGGCUGUGACGUGCAAGAAAAACGCCUUACACAUCUCUGAGUGUACUAUAGGUGAUUCAAUCACUGUACCCAGCGAGACAGCGGAGAUAACCUGUGAGGAGCACAAGGUGGUAUUUCUGGAGGGAGGAAAUAGCCCCUGCUCUGGCAAGGUGGGGAUAGAGCACGGCAGCAAGACCUACUGGCUAUCCGGGUCUAACAAGACGUGGAACCAUGAGACUGCGAACACGGUGUGCCGACAGACGCUGUGUGGAGAACCCUCCGACUUCACAUCCAUCCCCAGCUCUGGCAUGAUGAAAGAUGUUUGGAAUGAAUCUUACACCUGCUCACCCAAAACCAAAUCUCUGUUUAAGUGUGAGAAAGCGACACUGCCGUCCGACUACAAUGCCAAGAUCGCCACAGUGAAAUGCUCAGGAAACAUUCAAGUGGGCCUGACCGACCGCUGCUGGGGCAACGUCAACGUUUGCAUGGGAGAGAAGUGCGGGGGGGUGUGUAAAGACACCUGGACAGAGCAAAAGUCUGCGAUGCUGUGUAAAAACCUGGGCUGCGGGAACGCAAUCCCAGGUGUCGUGAUCUCACCUGAGGAGACGGGGGUGAUCUUCAAGAGCUUGCACCUCAGGCAGAGCGCAACCAACCUGCAUCAGAGCAGCUUCAUCGAAUACGAUGAAACAGACGUCGCCUGUAACAGAAACCCAGCACAUGUUGUUUGCUCAGGUAGUGUCAAGACCCGAAUUAAUGCUUCAAGAUACAAAUGCUUCGGUCAUGUGGAGGCUUACCUCGGAGGCCAGUGGCUCCCGGUGUGCAGCAGCGCUCUCAAAGACAGCGAAACACGGAACACCAUCUGCAGCGAGAUGGGAUGCGGUCAGACCGGCGAAAUGGUUGAUGACUUCGGACCAAAAUCAACGCGGGAUCAUGUCAUUUCGCAGAUGCAGUGUUCUACAGAUGGCAAGAGGUCAUUAGCGGCAUGUAGCAUCAUUUCUACUGCGGCCACCUGCGCUCUCGGUGUCCUCCGGUGCUCCGGCUGGAGUAAGAUGGAGCUGAAAUUCAACAAGGCCUGUAGUGGAGCUGUGUUUGUUCACUCGGCGGGAAAUAGAAACAGCAUCUCCAUUCAAGGCUGGACAGAAACUGUGGGCAACAGGCUUUGCCGGGAUCUAGGAUGCGGCGAUUUAAAGUCACACGAGACUAAGGAAGCGACUGCAGACUCUGGCGAGAGCAGACACUUCAACUGUUCAAGUGUAGACAAUCCCCAAAACAUCUGGGACUGUGAAAAGCAAAUUUUACUCUGGCAGCAGCAGCAGCAGCUCUUCAUCGAAUGUGACGAUGAGCCCAGUGUCAGCCUUUCUGAGACCUGUGGUGGUGAAGUGAAGAUGAAUGGCUUUAGGCUGUGCAGCACUGGCUGGAAGGAAGCCUAUUCACACCUGGUUUGCCAGGAACAGAACUGUAGCAAUGCUCUUUUUACCAGUCGUACAAAAUCUAAGCCAGAUGAGGACUACCUGCAUGUCAGGUGUGAGGACUACCAUCACAAACUUGGCCAGUGUGACACAUUUAAGGGACGGUGUGACGACUCAGUGGUGUCUGUUUACUGUGUCGGCAAUGUGAAGUUCAACACCACAGAAAAAUGCGGAGGUUUGAUUGAAGUUAAUUAUCGAAAUAAGUGGGAAAAAGUGUGCACCCGGUCAGUUUCCCCUCAACGGCUGGAAGAGCUGUGUCAAAAGCUUAACUGUGGGGGUUACAGUGGCAAAAUUACUAACAGAAAGCAACGGGCUAAAGUGGAAACAACACUGGAUUGUAGCGCUGGUCUGAACCACAUCCAGCAGUGUGUCCGCCCUGAGAGCUGUGUAUUGGACCAGCCAGAGGGGAUCUACUGCAUAAACUAUGUGGAACCUGAACCUGAGCCCAGCACGACCCGCAUAGUGCCCAUUGUCCUGGGAGUGGGAUUUCUUCUGGUUCUGGUGAUACUGAUUGUUGUAUUUGUACGAGUCUGCAUUGUCAAAAAAGCCAAGAGGCCCACGAAUGUCUCAUCGAGAAUGAUUUCAGGAAAAGAGGUAGAGUUUGAAAGUGGCAGCUUUGAGGACGUCACAAGCAAUGCAGAGGAAAUGAAAGACUUCCAUCAUAGCAAGGCUCAAGUCUUCACAGAGAGUGAAGCGCAGAGUGCUUCCUCUUUUCCUUACGAUGAUAUUGAUGAGGCGGCUGAGGCUCGGCCCCUGACCUCACAGGCCGCCUCGGGAGACAACGACUUCCACGAGGGCGUCCUCGAUCAAAGCUCAGAUGGGGCAACCUACGAGGUGGAGGACCCACAGGAGCAUUACGACGACAUCGAAGCCGGGCCUGAAAUCACUGAGACUGAAGCUGAAGUCCACGAGGGCCCCCAAACCACACUUGAAAGUGUCGCAGUAGCACCUCCAGGACUGGUGCUGGGGGAUGAGGACUACCUGGUACCAGGCCAAGAUGGGUGAGCCAAAACUGCGUGUAAAAAAGAACGGAUCACCCCAAAAUACAGCUACCUUCUACUCUGGCAAAAAUGGAAAAAACAUGCUAAAAAAAAAAUCUAAUUACUCACAGACCAACAAUGUUACUAUUACAAUGGUAAGAAUUUUUGUAUGUAUCUUCAGUUAAAAAAAAUGAAGUGUAUAAAAAUCAAAAUGCAUCCCGAGAUUAAAGAAACUGAAUUGUGCAGAAACUGAAAUACUGAUGAUGUGAAGAUGCAAUUUAUCACAAGGAGAAAGGACAUGUUUCAGGCUCUCACACGUUUCUACAUCAUCUGAUUGUGUACUGAUCAUGUGUUUGCCUCCCGGUGAGAUUACGCUUGCUUUAUCUCUUAUUUUAGAUAAAUGUAGAUUAUUAAAUGUACUGACUAUAACUAUGGCUUUUAUGAGAUAUGCUCAAAAUGUUUAACAGUCACAUAUUUUUUAAUCUUCUGUCUCAUAUACUGUAUAUUUAGUAGUUUUCUAUUUUAGUAGAUUUCUCAAAUAGUUCGUGUGAAUUUACUUUUGCAGCUGUUUGUCAGUUGCAGAGCGAGGUUUGCAGCAGAAAAUUACCUAGUCAGCAAAAAUGAAAUAAAUGUUCCUCGAAUCAAACUCCUUCUGUAACACAGCUCAAACUCAGGUCACAUUGUUAGCUUGUAUAUUUUUAGGUAGGGAUAUUUAACGUUGAGAUCUCACUGUCACAUUAAUAUUUUUCAGGACUAGCUAGUGAAAUAUGUAAGUAUAAUGUAUGAUUUUAGCUCAGCAUAAAGACUGGAAACAGGGGGAUCAAGCUAGUCUGGCUGUGUCCAGUUGUCACAAAAGUCACUAUUAACCUUCGCAUCUUGUUUGUUUCAUUUGUACAAAAACAAUAUCAGAUCAACAAAUUGGGUUUUGCAGAUUGUUGCAAUGUGUGCAGACGGCCUGUUGUUUUUAGUGUUUGUAUGAAUUAAACAAACAAGAUAUGUGUUAAUAUUUCAGAUGCAGAGCUGCUGGUAGGUGGAUUUUUUUUUUUUUUGGAAGUAACCAGGCUAGCUGUUUUCCUUUGUUUCCAUUCUUUGUGCUAAGCUAAGCUAACCGUCUUUUGGCUCCAGUUUCAUAUUUAGCAUCCAGCUUUGAGACCAAUGUGGUUCUUCCGAGCGAAUGUUUGACACGAAAAGCAAGCAAUGUUCCUUUGAAUAUGCUAUGUAAAACACAAAUAAAAUGUUGUCAUCUUU